CGACCGUUAUCCACUCAGCAGAGUUUGCACCACAUUCCGUACUAUCCGCGGCGUACGCGCACGCACCGAUCUAUAGUCAGUCACACGAUCGAAUAAAUCAUCGAUUAAAUUAUAAUUACGCAUUUAUUAGUGAAUGGUGAAAUUAUGCGGAUUUGUAUGUGAUUGUGAAGUGUGAAAUAAUUUUUUUUUAUGUGUUGUUAUUAUUUUUGGAUUGCAAAAUGACCGACACAGAACUAUGGACGUUUCAAGAGAUCGCAUUCAAAGCGGAGAUGGAUCGGCACGACGACCCUGAAUCCGAGGAGGAGGCUUUCAUCCUGUGUGCAGAAGACCCGGCCUCUAGAACUAGGAAUAUUGUGGAACUUAGGAAUAUGAUAUAUGAAAGGGGUGAGUGUCACCCUCCUCGAAUGGACGACGCGUUCCUACUGCGGUUCCUGAGGGCGCGGAGAUCAGUACCUGCGCGAGCGCAUAGACUUUUAGUUCGCUACUGCAACUUCCGUGACCAGAACCCGCACUUAUGGCGCGACAUCGACUGGUUCGGCCUCACUAAACUGGGCCAUGUGUUUGAAGGCGUACUCUUCGACAGGCCGGAUGUCGGUAGACUUAUUAUUUGUAGACUUGGACAAUGGGAUCCAGAUGAUUAUCCAGUAGACGACCUAAUCCGAGGUUGUCUACUUCUUCUGGAAAUUGGCAUCAUGCAGCCGAAACUACAAGUGCUAGGAGGAACUGCUUUACUGGACUGUGAAGGUCUUACCAUGAAGCAUAUGAGGCAGUUCUCACCAGCGAUAGCCUUGCAAGCCAUGAAUGUUAUGGGGUUUGCAUUCCCGCUCCACCAACGAGGUGUUCAUGUGGUCAACUGCUCAAGAGUCUUCGAGACAUUGUUCCACUUCUUCAAACGUCUGGCGCCCGUGGAUGAUCUCUGGAAGAGGGUCCGAUUCCAUGGAAAUGAUCUUAGCUCUCUACAUAAAUACAUACCUCCCGAUUGUCUUCCGAAGAGGUACGGUGGGCAUCGACAAGAAGUAUCUCUAGAAAAAUGGCUGACGAAAAUUAGGCAGUACAAGAAUAAAGACUUUGAUAACGAUAUGAGAACACUAGGAUAUGCUGUUGAUUAAAAUGCAAUGUACAAUGAACUAGAAUUAAUAUAAAUAAUAAAUUGUAUACAAUCUGUAUUUAGAAUUGAAAGACUUGAUUGUCCUACUGCAACAAUAUUGAUCAAAAUAUUUUUUUACGUACGUACAUAUUAAGUACCGAACUAGGUACUUACAAAUAGAUAUUGUAUGUACGGAGAUAUAUAAAUGGUAAUGUCAUAUUUAUUAUUUUAUUUAUAUACUACUAUUUAUUAUUUCCCAUUUUCUUUGAUUUGAUAAGACCUACAUAAUGUAGGUAUAUACCCAGAACCUGAACAAUUUUAAUAGCAACAUGUUGCAGACGCGGGUAUUUGACAUUCACUUUAUCGCAGAGCAGUUGCUUGUGAUUGUUAAACAAUUAAUUAUAUUUUGAUUGUGUACACUUUUAAAUACAAUUUUAUUUUUGUGGGUAAAAGUUAAGGUGUUUCAUUUAUAGCGAUUUAAAUUAAUAAAGUUAGGUUAAGUUAGGUUCUCUUGCCAAUUGCUAAUAGUUCCUCAAAAUAUGACAAUUACAAUAAAACAUAAUUAUUUAGCACAUUAUUGUCACAAUAUUAGUGAAUAAAUUAAACAAUUUGGUGUAAUUAAGAUUUAUUUAGAAGAAAAUAAAUAAAUUGAAAUGUUUUUGUGAUUAAGUACUAAUAGAAUCAAACCUGAAUAAUGAAUAAUGUACUGUGCCUGAAUUGUGAAUUAAACUACAGAAUAUU